AAAGAGGAAGAAAAAGAAAAUUCUCCUAUCCGAGCUUUUGACUCUCACCCAUCCGGCUGCCCUCGCACACUCCGAGAAGAGAGGGACGGCCGGCCGGGCCCGAAAGGGAGAGAUGGGCGGCUACGAGAACGGCGACUCGCCGGCGGGCGGCGUGAUCCUGGGCGUGGACGGAGGCACCACCAGCACCGUCUGCGUCUGCCUGCCGGCCGCAAUGCCGCCGCCGGAGUCGCCCGGCGCCGUCCCCGUGCUCUCCCGCGCCGUCGCCGGCUGCUCCAACCGCAACUCCGUCGGUGAAAACGCUGCACUAGAAACUCUGGAACAGGUCAUGAUGCAAGCCCUAACAAUGGCCGGCAAAGAUCAUUCUGAUGUUAUUGCAGUUUGUUUAUCUGUAUCGGGAGUUAACCAUCCUUCAGAUCAGCAGAGGAUGCUUGACUGGAUCCGCAAGCUGUUCCCUGUCCAUGCCCAGUUCUAUGUGGAAAAUGAUGCGGUGGCGGCUUUAGCCAGUGGUACAAUGGGUAAGCUACAUGGAUGUGUACUGAUUGCGGGAACUGGAAGCAUUGCUUAUGGGGUCACUGAAGAUGGAAAAGUAGCGAGAGCAGCCGGUGCUGGUCCAGUUUUGGGCGACUGGGGUAGUGGAUAUGGCAUUGCUGCACAGGCCCUGACAGCAGUAAUCAAAGCACAUGACGGUCGUGGACCACAAACUAAUCUUACAAGAGAGAUCCUUAGGAAGCUUGAGAUUGCUUCACCGGAUGAAUUGAUUGGGUGGACAUAUGCAGAUUCAUCUUGGGCCCGUAUUGCAGCUCUUGUUCCUGUCGUGGUAUCUUCUGCUGAAGAUGGUGAUGAAGUAGCAAACAAGAUACUACAUGAUGCAGUGCAAGAGUUAGCUGGCAGUGUUGUAGCUGUUGUUCGGCGCCUUACAUUGUGUGGUGAAGAAGGAGCGGACCAAUUUCCACUUGUAUUGGUUGGAGGUGUCCUCGAAGGGAACAAGAAAUGGAACAUCAGUGGUGAGGUCAUAAAAUGUAUUUCCGAAGUCUUCCCUGGUGUCCACCCUAUUCGCCCUGAGGUGGAACCAGCAAUCGGUGCAGCAUUACUAGCCUGGAGCCAUCAUCACAAAGAGCUGAAGCUGGAAAACGGAAGCUGAUUCCAGGCAUUGAAGAAUGCCCAUUGCACAUACCAAAGUUCGCCCGACAAAGGAUAAAUAAGAUAGGAUGGUUUAGGAGGAAAAUUCAACAAUAUCAUGUAUGCCACUGUGUAAAGAACAUUUGCUUUGCAUUGCAUUUAGGGGGUGGGGGCAGGGGUGUUGGGGGUAUAUACAUUCAUGAUGUCAGUAGGAAGCUAGUUCAAAGAAUUGUCCAUUGUACCUUCGAUUUCCUGUACUUGCUUUCCGAGGGAAACCAUGUAUCCUGGAUAGGUCAUCCUUAAAUGUGUGUUUUGACUCUCAGUUUCUUCGAAUGUUUGGAUCAGUGAAGUCUUGUCUCCAGCA